AUGAAGAAGCAGAAGAAGAGGAAAGACGACGACUUGUCUCGAUUCAACUCCUCCUCUUCGGAGGACGAAGAAGAAGAAGAAGAAGAAGAAGAAGAAGAGAAGGAUGAGAGCAUUAGAAGAAUCAAAAGUGUUGUGACAGGAGGAGGAGAUGAAGACAAAGAAGACAAAGAAGACAAAGGAGAAGAAGAAAAAAAGCGUCCUCCUCGUCUGAAUGUGGCGGAGAGAAAACGACUGAAGAAGAGAGACGCGCAAAGCGCGAAAACGGAGAGACGAAAGAGAGAAAGAGAGCGAAUGGAAAAAGCACGCAGUAAUAACAACAACACUUCUUCGAAGGCAACGGAGGAGGAAGAGAAAGCGAAGAAGAAGAAGAAGAAGAAGAAAAAGAAUGCGUCAAUAAAAGAAGACGAAGGUGACGGCGGCGACGUAACAGAAACGGAAGAAGAAGAAGAAGAAGAAGAAGAAGAAGAAGAAGAAGCAACGACAGAAACGGGAAUGGAAACUGAAACGGAAACGAGGAAAUCGAAGAAAAGGAAUCACGCGACGUUUGAAGUCGAAGGCGUGGCUUUAGACGACGGGACUUUAGUGCUCGUAGAUAAGAGAAGUUUAGUCGUGUAUUCGAGCGAAGAGAGAGACGGGAACGGCGAACACAAGCGCGUAGGCACGUGGGAUGCAAAGACGAAAACAGUCAUCAAGAGCGACGACAAAGACGAUGGUAACGCGAAAAGGAAGUUUGAUAAUGGUGAUAGUAGUAAUAAUAGUAGCAGCAGCAGCAGCGACGGAGAGGAACAAGACGACGACGAUGGUAAGAAUAAUUCGUCGUCAUCAGAAGAAGAAGAAGUAGAAAAGCAAGAACAACGAGAACGAGAACACACGACGCCGGUAAAGUUAGACGUGAACCAUGCGUUCGAGUGCAAUCCAGACGACCAUUGCGAGACGUCCUUGGAGGCGCACAAAGACAUCGUAAACUUUUUGAACAUUGUCGCGUCUCAAAAGAAUAAGAAACCGUCUGAAUUAAUUAUUUACGAUCCGUAUUAUUGCGCUGGAGCGACGAGACUGAACUUUACCGAGCUCGGAUUCCCGAACGUCAUCAACGAAAACAAAGACUUUUACGAAAUGGUUGCGAAAAACAAAGUCCCCGAACACGACGUUUUCGUGACAAACCCACCGUAUUCGGAAGAGCACGUGGAGAAGUGCGUCACGUUUGCUGCUAAAAAUAUGACGCAAUUCGGUCGGCCGUAUUUCAUGCUCGUUCCGAGCUACGUCGUGUGUAAACCGUAUUUCGUGCCAGCGCUCUUGACUGGAGGCGCGCAAGGAGCGGAAGAAAGAGAAAACACGAAGGAGGAAGACGCUGAAGACGAUAUGAACAUGCAUAAGAAACGUGGUCAAGUCUUGCCAUUUUACAUCGCGCCAACGAAGCGUUAUUAUUACUUCACGCCGAAACCUUUAGCAAAACUGAGGAAUAAGAACAUCGACGAAAAUGGCAUCGAGAAGAAACGCAGAGGUCACGUCGGAAGGAGAGGUGAACGAACGUCUCCGUUUCUUUCGCUCUGGAUAUGUGGGUUCGGCGAUGACCAAAUUGAAGCCUUACGAAUGCACAAAAAGUUGCGGAGAGAACAAGUAAAGCAUUACGUCGUCGCGAGAAACCCGAAAGAAAUUCCAUUGAAUGUUUUAGACGAAUGGGAUCCUCGCCGCCGGGAGGACCCGUCACCAAAAAAAGCAAACAUCCAGGACAAGAAGAACAAGAAGAAAUACUUUUAG